AUGGCGUCUGGGUCGAACCUGUUUGCCGUCCUAAGUGACGAGACCGAAGGAUCGCAGACAGAGGCUGCCCGCGCCAGCGAAUCCAAGGAGAAGCGGCCUGGGGACCCGCCGAGCAGUGCCCGUGGCUCUGCCCAGAAGCACUUUGGGUUCGAUCGACGAUCAGGCACUGGACGUGGCCGUGAGGUUGCGAAAAAAGGUGCUGGAGGCAAGUAUACUUUCGGUUCAGUGGAGGAGGACGUGCGUGACGCUCUGAGCGGUGUCAGGAUUGCCUCCGAGUCAGAUGCUGCUGCAGCGGACGGCACAGAAAAAGACGACGUGAACCACGUUGGUGAAAGCAAGAGCAGUGAAGGUGCCCUUCUUAGUCUGGAGGAGUAUCAGCAGCGUUUAGAGCGGGAGCGAGCAGAGCUCUCGAACAAAUUGAUGGCAAGCAAAGGACCCCGUCGUCCAGCAGAGGAGCAGGGCGAUGAAGUCUUUCGCAAUGCCAAGCGCCUAGAUAAGAACGGCGUUGAAGUGGAUGCGGACUCACAGGACGGACUCCUGGGGAGCAUAAGCCUCAAGGAGAAGAAAACGCGUGCUGCCAAUCGCAGCAGUGGAAAAGGCAAGCGGGAUACCGGAAAGGAGAAUCUUGCAGCGGAGUUCUUCACGGCUCCGCCGCGCGUGAACCGCGGCCAUCGAGCGUCCGGUGACGUCGUCGAAGAGGAUAAUCCCUUAAGAGCGAAGAGAUCUACUGGCACAGAGGCAGCUGGACCCAGUCGCGGUCGUGGACGUGGUCGCGGCGGUGGAAGUCGAGGGUUCCGCGGGGCGGGCGCCCGACACCCGACAGCGCCACAUGCGUCAGAAAGCGCAGUCAGGGACAAACAUAAUGCAUCUGAUAACCAUGAAACCCAAGAGCCGAAUCGAGGUGUGUCAAGUCGACAACAACGUACGCGUGGCGGUUCUCGCACUGGCGCUGCGCCCGAUAGCGGUCGUUUUCGUGGGCGCGGACGAGGUGGGGCUGCUUCUGUAACCGCACCACGCCCUCGUGCCGCCAUUAACACCACAGAUGAUGCUGCUUUUCCAUCGUUGGGAGCUUGA